UGCGCAAAUUUCUGCGCACACUGAUAGUUUCGUAUGCAAAUAAGAUGUUGUUAACGCCAUCUUGAAGGAAUUGUUUACCAUCGGGAAAAUCGGAGCAAAUCACAAAAAUUGUGUGCCAUCGAAGGCACAUCUUUAUGAUUAUUUCCCAUUUAAAGUCCCAGGAUGUCUACAGAUUCCAAAUUAUCGACGACGGAAAGAGUCGUCAAGAAUGCACCCUUUCCACCAAGCCACAAGCUUAAUUUGAGCGAAGUUUUUGGUGCUAAUGGGAAACCUAAGCCAGAAGUUUUGAAACAGCACUUCAUUUUGGAGGGUCGUGUGACAGAAGAUGUAGCAUUACGAAUUAUAAAUGAUGGUGCUGCUAUGCUGCGCCAAGAGAAAACCAUGAUCGAGAUAGAGGCCCCAGUUACAGUUUGUGGCGACAUCCAUGGACAAUUUUAUGAUCUAAUGAAACUUUUUGAAGUUGGUGGCACACCAGCAACAACUCGCUACCUCUUUUUAGGAGAUUACGUAGACAGAGGAUAUUUCAGCAUUGAAUGUGUUCUAUACCUUUGGUCCCUAAAGCUUCUACAUCCAAACACAUUUUUCAUGUUGAGAGGCAAUCACGAGUGCAGGCAUCUUACAGAAUAUUUCACGUUUAAGCAAGAGUGUAAAAUAAAGUACACUGAGAGAGUAUACGAUGCUUGCAUGGAUGCGUUUGACUGUCUGCCACUGGCAGCACUAAUGAAUCAGCAGUUCCUCUGUGUUCAUGGAGGUCUUUCACCAGAAAUCCACACAUUAGAAGAUAUAAGAAAAUUGGACAGGUUCAAGGAGCCGCCUGCAUUUGGUCCCAUGUGUGACCUUUUGUGGUCUGACCCCCUUGAAGACUUUGGAACAGAGAAAACAUCAGAACACUUCACUCACAAUAGUGUCAGAGGUUGCUCAUAUUUUUACAGCUAUGCAGCAUGUUGUGAUUUUUUGUCACAGAAUAAUUUAUUAUCAAUUAUUAGAGCCCAUGAGGCACAAGAUGCUGGAUACCGCAUGUAUAGGAAGAGUCAGACAACAGGUUUUCCAUCACUAAUAACGAUAUUUUCAGCUCCAAAUUACCUAGAUGUUUAUAAUAAUAAAGCUGCCAUAUUGAAGUAUGAAAACAAUGUGAUGAACAUCAGACAGUUCAACUGUUCUCCACAUCCAUAUUGGUUGCCCAACUUCAUGGAUGUGUUCACUUGGUCACUACCAUUUGUUGGCGAGAAAGUGACGGAGAUGCUUGUUAAUGUAUUGAGUAUUUGCUCUGACAAUGAGCUAACAGCAGAGGAAGAGGAGGAAGAGGAGGAUGGAAGUGAAGGGCCCCGCAUAGCUAAUGUCCGUCACAAACAUGCUGGACGUGAACUACUUGUAGUAGACAGAGAGGCAAAUGGAGCUGCUUCAAGGAAGGAGGUGAUCAAGAAUAAAAUCAGGGCCAUUGGCAAAAUGGCACGAGUCUUCACUGUCCUCAGAGAGGAAAGUGAAAGUGUACUACAGCUGAAGGGUCUAACACCAAAUGGACUUCUUCCCUUGGGAGCACUGUCAGGAGGAAAGGAUACAUUGACAAGUGCUCUUAGUGGUUUCUCACCUUCUCACAAGAUCAGCGGCUUUGAUGAAGCAAAAUGCUUGGACAAAAUGAACGAGAGGAUGCCACCACGCAAGGACGCAGUCAACAAUUCUCAUAAAAGCUAAAGCUCUGACAAUGUGAUACUCUGUUGAGCUGGUCUCUGUUCACAUGUGACCCUGAAACAAACUCAUUUCAAUUGUCAGAUCAUGCUGUGUGUGUGGAAGCAUAUGCAUCUCUGGCACAAAGCUGGCCCUCCUGAUCUUGGCAGCAGAUGGAUUCUGUCGAGGUUAAACCCUGAAGAGCGCAUGUUCUGGUAUUUUGAUUUUUUGUAGGAAGUGAAAUAAUGUCUGCUGCUAAAUCAGCAGUUAGCAUAAACCCUAACUCGUCAUGUCAUAGAAAUUCAUCUAAAUGCAUACACUUGUACACAAUAUAUAUAUGACAACCCUGCGCUUUCAUUUCCUGACGAAGAAAUCUAGUCAAAUGUGGAGAAGUGUCUCUUCUAAGUCGGAUCAUGAAAACUUGCUUGCAGGAACAAAGAUGGCCAGCUUUUUGUUAGAAGUGUAGUGUGCAUGUGCAGUCUGGUCAGAAAGAACUUGACAUGGAAUGAAAGACAGCACAUCACAAGCCAUUUGAACAGUUCAUUAUCCAAGCUGAUCGCCCACAAAAUGCUAACCAAGGCAUUACCUUCUGUGUCGGACAGUUCCUUCUCUCCAGAAUAGUCCAGUUCAUUUCUGCUGGUACUGCAAUGGAAGUACAACAGUAGUUGAGGAGUUGUAAGGACACAUCAGUGAAGCAUGGAGCUAAGGAAAGAUUCUGUGGCUGUGGGGUCAAUACAAAUCCUGCUGUGGAGGUUAUCUAAAAAAAAGCGCAGAUGGUGUUGCCUCAAGUUAGAAAAGUGAAAGGUUUGUGAUGUAAGUACUUGCAGAGGAGUUCACCUGGAGGAGAAGUGGCAUUUUAAUGGCAAAAAAUGUAUCUGAAGCUGGUGAUUGGGGAAAAAGACCCGCAUGAUAUAUGUAUAAUAUAUCCAGAUGGAGAUCUUAAGAUCUGCAUUGUUAUUGAACAAAUAAUAGCUCUCUCUUGAGAUAUUUAUUCAAAGUAACCUCCACUUGAUAUGGAGGAUAAAUCUGCUUCAUCAGGAUUGUUGUUACUUCUGUUGUUGACUUUCUCAUGUUGAUCCAUGAUAAAGCUGGUGGUGUAUACCCCCUGCCAGUGAUAUACAGAUUUUAAGUUUCCAUAUGAAAAUCUCCUCCCAAUUUAUCCUAAUUGUAUAAAAUAUUGUUUUCUAUUCCCAGUGAGUGCUUGAAUUAUUUUUUAGUAAGAGGUAUCCAUCUUCUAGAAUGUGAUGUUGUCGUCAUAAUUACUUUUCCAUUUAAAGUUACAUUUUAGUUACUUUUUCUUUUGUUGUUUAUGUUAUUAAUUUAAAGAUAAUAUAUUUGUGUCUGGGUGUUUUUUGCUUAGGCAAAUUUUGAAGAUAGUAUCUCACAAAAAUGUUUUGUGUGUGUGAACUAAUAUAUGGAUACUGCAACUAAGUAUUAUAGUAUGUACAUCUGGUUGGCUUUUGGUACUUGCAAUGUACCAGGGUAUGAUAUUUUGUUUUUUGGUCUUUAAAAACAACCAGUUUGUAUUCCAUUCAUAUUUAAAACAAUUUCCAUGUGUUAGAAUACUAAAAAAAAAAAAAAUCACUGUUAUAUUGGUGUCGGCAAUGGUAAAAACUUGAGUAAAACCGGAUGUCUUUCAGGUUUGUAGCAACACUUUGAAUCUCUUUCUUGACACCUCGGCUAUAUCACAAAUGAUAAUUUAGAUUCAUGUCAUCAUUAAAUAAUUACUAGUUAAAAAGACACUAUCAGACUUAUGAUUGAAAAAAUGACAAAUCUUUGUUCAUGACUAGUUUUAUGCACUGUACCAAUAUGAAUAUGACAAAAGUGUUGCCCAUGUUGAUCAAGUUUUCCUAUGAUCAAAGUAUAGUUGCAUUUAGUAUUGAUUGACAUCUUAAUUGGAGCAAUAAGUGAAAAUUCUAAUUUAUGAUAACAAUAAUUGGGUGUUGAUGGUUCGUUGACUAGUAUUAAAUACCGGAGGAAUCCUACCUAUUCUGUUGUCACAUUGGUGAUAUGCCUUGCUCAAAUUCAGUAAUACUGUAGUGCUAUAACGACUACGAAUGUACAUUGCCAUUUAGUCUUACCAUUGCUUUAUAUUAAGCUUGUGUACUUUUGGUACUUUUUGAAGAUUGUACUACUGUAGUGUGCUGUAAAAAUGAACCAUUAGAACUAUGCUGAUUUAAAUACUAAUGUACCUGCAUUUAUUUUAAAGCAUCUUCUAAUUCAUUCAGAUCAUUCCCAGAAACACGAUAUAUAUGAUUUGUCAUCCUAGUGAAAAUUGUUGACUAGUACAUUGUAUCUUUAUAUAAGUUUGUACUGUCAUACAAAAAAACAGUCUGUUACUGUCAAGAAAGAAACAAUAUUGAGUAAAGAAAAUACAUUUGAUUAUUGGUUAGAUUGUAAGGCAAAGAACUGAUAUAUAGAUUAAAAGGAAAUAUGUUUCCAACAGGCAUGGUGCUAGGUUUAAAGUGAUGCACAGUAGCAACAAAAUUUCUAUCUUGUUCUUACUCGUUACAACAGUACUUUGUUUGAAGAUAACUUCAAGGUGAAUGAGUCUUUUAAAUAAGUAAAAUGUACAAGUGCUUGGAUUUUCUUGUGUAAUAAUUUGUCUUUAUUAGAUUAUUUUAAGAUAUUUUUAUUAGGAUUGAACAGUGGUACAAUGCAGAAAAAGUGAACUUUCUAAUUUCAAAACUAGACGCAAUUAUUUAGGUGGCAGUUUCAACUUUGAAAAUCAAAUUGGAAUGUACGCAAUGAGCUUUGCUUGACCGACAAUAAAAAUGUCUGAUCAUUUCACCUUGUUGGGUAAUCACUGACAUCCCAUGUACAAUGAUGCUAAUUUGCUUGAAGCGUACUAGAGUUGAAUGAUGAUGGAAAGGUUGAGUGUGCAAUAACAGUGUUGGUAUUUUUGCUGAAUGUUCUUUAAAAGAGGAAUAAGAUUUUGAUCCUCGAUCUAAAUCUGUUCACUGAUUUAGUGUAGAGGAGUACAACAGGCUCCUGUGCAAGUAUGGUUAGCAAGCAAGUGUUUUGAGAUUUGAGCAAAUCCUUCUGUUGUUCUGUUUUCAGUUUAUUAACUCCUGUCCAUAACAUUCAAGUUCAAUGAAGAUUUAAUAUUUGUUCCUCCUUUUAAUACUCAUUCUGUAAUGAUGUAAUGCAUAUAUCAUCUGUGUUAUGAAGAUAUAAUGAGUAUGUUUUUGAAAUAAUUAUUGGUCCACCUACCUGAUCAUCAUUAUGAAACUAUUCAUUAAAUUUUGUUUCAAAAUCUCCUUCGUUCAUUUGAUAGAUAUUUUAAUAGUGUUGGUAUUCAAAAUGUUGUAUUUUCAGAAUGUCAGUCAAGCUCAAAAGUUUUGCUUCAGAUUUGCAUUUUGUUUUUAAAGUACCAGUAGAAAAGUCACAAUUUAUUGUACACUACUGAAGAAAUAGGGUGCCAGUCAAAUGGGAAGCAGCUGUUUGCAUGUGCUUUAGGCUUCAGUCAUUUGGGGGAAAAAAAUAAUUUAAUCAAAGUGUACUAGGCCUAUUGAGAUUUAGCAAUGUGAAAUGGUAUUGAUGGCAUAUGAAAACAUUUCUUUUAUAUACGUGUUGAUGAGUUCAAUGUUGAAAAAAAAAACUUUCAUGUUAACGUGCAUGUAGUAUAAACUAUGAAAUCCUAUGUUGUACAUGUAUUUGUUUUUUUUCUUUUCUACAUUCUUUGUUUGCUGUCGCUGUUGUUUUUAGAACAAAUUGGCUUAUGCCCAUUUAAAUACAUUUGCUGGCAUUCCACAACAGCAACACUGAACAUGAGCUAAGAAAAUUGAUCUGUAUCAAAUUCAUGUUUUAAGCUGUGAUUUAUUAAUUAUAUAUCGUUUCAAGUGAUAUUUCCAAACCUAAAAAGUCCCUUCAUUAAUAGUAUAUGUGAACAAAUUACUUUAUAGAUUUCUUGUAUAGGGGAGAAGAUAAGUCGGUCAUUGCAGUAUACAUAUAUCAACAUGGAAGUGAUUUGAUUGAACAUUAAUAAGAUGUUGGAAUUUAAAAAUUUUAACAUUUUAAUUACUGUCAAUAAACGUUUGAAUGAACUGUUCGAUGAUAAAAAGCUGCUUAUGAUGUCUGGUUUUUGUUGUGUUGUCCUGUGAAAGGCCCCAUCUUUAUCUGGGAUAUAUACUAUUACGACAUGUGUCAGAUGUUGGUAAUUUAAAAAAAAAAUCUAUAUUUGGAAUUUAAAAGGUUGUCUUUAGAACAAUGUCAUACAUUGUAUCAUUGUAAAUUAUUGGAAAACCCAUGUCUAAAAUGUUGAGUAUUUUACGACCCUAAUGAUUAUUUUAAACAAGCUGCGACAGUUGUGUAUGGUGAGCUCUUGCUGAUAUAUGGUAGCAUCUGUUUUGAAUGUGUACAAGAAUAAAAAUUUAUCAACAUAUUUCGAAAAAUUCAAUGGGUGUAUGAUGUUGGCGAGAUCCCAGAAUUUGCAUAUAUAUUUGUCAUCUGUUAAUAUGACUUAUGCACAGAUGAUAUAUUGUAAAAUGUUGUGAAACCAAAAGUUGCUGUAGUUGCAACCAAUAGAUUUUUUUCUUAUCAAUUCAUAUACUACUAAUAACAAAAAAAUGUUGACAUUGUACACUCAAUUUAUAGUUAGAUUUAGUAUUUAAACAUUUCUUUAUUUACUGAUUGGGGGAAAAACCAGACAGUGAAUGAGGAAAUAUUUUUCUGCAUUCUCACAAUUUUGGCAGUUUUAGGUGUUGUUCCAAUUUAAGGUCUUGUGCUUGAGUCGAGACUCUUAUAUUGCCCUUCACAUAAUUUUCUCUACCACCAAGAUCUUUUUUAUACUUAAUAAAUAUUUACAGUGUUACCAUUA